CAAGAUCAAUACAAGGAGAGUAGCACUUGGUAAAUUCUUCCCACUAUGUGAGGUCUUGAUGAUCUUCUCCAAGAGGAGGUCUUGAUAAUCCAAUGGAUUCUUCCCUAGGUGGGGGCUUGAGCUCCUAAGAGGAGGGGAUACAAGGAGCAAAGGCUCACAAUGCUUAGUCUAAUCUUUGCUAACCCUCCAAAUGACCUAGGAGGUCCACUUAUAUAGUCUAGGGACGAAACAAGCUAAGGGAGGAGGAUACAAAGGCCAAAAGGCCAAAACACGCGGAUGGACCGGAGGGGUCCGGGCACCCGGGCAACAUGGGCCGGGCACCCGGCCCGCACAGGGGGCGGCUGUAGGGAGGCUGGGCACCCGGGGGCCCAAGGCCCGGGCACCCGGGGGCGCGCUGGAGGCCGGCUGGAGGGGUGGCCGGGCACCCGGGGCUGCGUCAGGAGGCCGGCUGGGACGGGCCGGGCACCCGGGGUGCGGCUGGAGGCUGGGCCAGGGGGGGCCGGGCACCCGACGGGAGAGGGCCGGGCACCCGGGCCAGCCAGGGAGGCCGCGGCCUUGGUGGCUGGAGGUGGCCGGGCACCCGGAGUGGUCCGUGCCCUCCGUUGCUUCGUUCUUCUCGUUCCCUCGCUGCCCCUCCUUCUCCAUGGUUACUUGAAUCUCCGUCCUCGCGUCCUCCCGGUCAUCUCCUUGGUACCUAACAAGGCACAAUGUUUCUAUUUGAGGUAGGCCCCAAUUCUCAUGUGAAUUCGAAUGAUGUUCGAAGAGGAAAGAGUUCACCUCGUUCUCGAUGUGGCGCGCCCGUGCUCUUGUCAACGGCCCUCUUGGUGUUUGCGGUGGUGAUGGAGUGUCGGUGCGGGUAGUUGAGGGAUGCUCCGCAUCAAAGCUGUUGGGUGCAGUGGCACUGUGGGUGAUGAGCUGCUGCUGCUGGGUGUUGUGCUGCUGCUGAAUUUUUUUGCUGCUGCUGAUUGGAGAGGGAGACGGAGGCAGCACUGGGUGGGUGGUACAGUUUUGUACCAUGUUGAUCCAACAUAUAGGGAUUUUUAGAGGAGAACAUGGUGGACUUGAGUGCGCCACUUGAUUUUGAACCGGGAAUGCAACCGCAAGCCGAGCCCUAUCCAGAGAUGGGAGGAGAGGGUUGACGGUGAUGACGAAGUGGAAGAGCUUGAUGAGGAGUUUGAUGCUAGCCAAGCCAAUUUCGGGAGAAGGACCGGAAACUACACCUAGGUGGAGGACACUUGCUUGAUUCGAGCAUGGGAUUGUGUCUCUCGAUGCGGUGACCGACAAAGAUCAAAAUGGCAAGAAGUAUUGGCAACGUAUUGAAGUAAAAUAUCACAAGAUUGUGCCGGUUCCUUCGGGCCGUUCCUUGAAAUCACUUCAAGGCCGAUGGAUAACUAUCAAGAAAACAUGUAGCCGUUGGAGUGGUUGCUUGACCCAAGUGAGAAAUGCCUCUCCUAGUGGAUCCACUAUCACGACUACGAUCGCAUUGCCAACGAAUUGUUCAAGCAAAGCCCGGGUUUCAAGGGUAGGUCAUUCACACUUGGACAUUGUUGGCUCUUGCUCAAGGAUAGUGAGAAGUGGAAGUUGAGGGACAAGGAAGCUCCUCCAAAGAAAGGCUCACUUGUUAACUUUGAGGAUGAUGAAGAUAGUGAUGGUGCACCAGAGGGAGGAAGAAACAAAGGAAGCCGGAUGGAAAUAGGAAGGAGAAGGAGAGGGUGAAGAGGUCGGCCGAGGCGGUUUCUUUGAGGGAUCAAAUUGGUGAUAUGGUGAAGAUCAAAGAAACUUUGUUGGCCAAGCAUUUGGCAACAAAGGUUGAAUUGACCGAGAAGAAAGACAAGCAGAAAGAGAAGUGGGCGAGGAGGUCUGUCUUCGAGGAGCGCAAGAUUGCUCUAGAGGAGCAAAGGAGAGAUGAGAAGACCGCCGAGGAGGACCGGUUCAUGGUGAUGAAUCCGGAGGGCAUGGAUGUGAUGACAAGAGAAUUUUGGGAGAUGAAAAGGAUGGAGAUCAUGUGCUGGAGGAGGGUGGAGCUUCAAAAUCUUAUGGCCGGUGGUGGUGGUUUUGCUUUCGGCAAUGGUGGGUUUGGAGGUUUUGGAGGAGGGUUUGCAUUCGGCAAUGGUGGUGGGGGUGUUGGGUUUGGAGGUGGAGGUGGUGGUCUUGGGUUUGGAGGUGGUGGUGGCGAUGCUUCGGCCAACGGUGGUGAAGAUGCUUCAGCCGGUGGUGUGGAUGCUUCGGCCAACGAUGGUGAUGGUGGUGAUGCUUCGGCCAUCCCAAAUGAUGAUGAAGAUGGUGCUCGUGCUAUGGCGGGUGGUGGGACGGACGAUCUUUCCUGCGUGUGCUUCGAUCAUAUGUUUUCAUUUUGUUUGAUUGCGUAUUCAUAGGGAUCAACUUGCUACCCCUUGAUACUGCGCAUGAUUUUGGAUGUGAACCGUUGUGGCAUGCUUAUUUUCUAUGAAUUGCGUGCAUCAAUUUGAUGUCUUGAUCAUAUUAAUAUUUGUCAAAAAAACAUUUGCGGUACCGUGAGAGCUCUGGUGCGGAACAGAUACUGUAAAACCUGUACAGUACAAGCGUUUUGCGGGUUGUUAUUAUAGCGGCUCUUCUAGAGACGCUCCUAGCGCCGCCAGAGCUAUCAAGGGUUUAGUCUCUACACCCCUACAAAUUCAUCUGCUCUUUUCAUACUGAUGCAUAUCUUCCACCAACUAUUAGAAUUCUACUGCUUUGACACUUGGACAGGAUCUUUGUAUCAACAAUUUGGCAUAAGCUCAAAAACUAAAUUAUGCUUCUUGUUCAUUCUUUAUAAAAUAACAUAAUUCAAAACAUUGGCCCUAUAGGCUAUAAUAGUGCUAUGUUAUUUGUUCAUUUAGCCGUUAUUUCUUCAUUUAGCCCUAUUGUCGGAUUUCGGGUUCCGGCAGACCCUUGAGGUUCGAACUCUGGGGUGCGCACGAAGAUCUCUCCCCUGCCAGCUCACGUCUCGAAGCCUCGCAAGGGAUCUAAGCUAGAAAGAAGAACACA